GUCGAGCCACGAGUUCAGUCUAGCACUGAGAGGCAAGUGAGACGGUACACUUAACAGCCCGCUUCGCCAUGACUCGACUGUUGUGUGCCGGCAGCGCCCUGCUGCUUCUCUUGACGUUCCUCCUGCAUCCAGCAGUGGACUGCCAGCUUACAAGUCCAGAGGUAAAGAAAAUUACGAUUCUGGACUUGUUUCAAGAGGAACCAAGUCUGAAGGCAGAGCUCGAGGCCAGGUUGCAGGAGAAGAAACACACGCCCACAGACCCAGAAGGCAAGUCCACUGCGGAGGAAGCUCCCACUGAUGCAGAGGCUGCCGGUGAAGCUACACCUUCUACACCAACUUCUACAACCACAACUUCUACAAGCACUACAACCUCUACACCCACAACCACGACCACCACAACAGCCAGUGAGGACAAACGACGGCCCUCCCGACAGCCCACCCGCGAACCCCAACCAGCCAAACCCCAACAAUCCGACGACGCAACCGUCGUCGUCGAGCCCGACGAGGCGGUAGAGAACAAACCCACCGCCGGGACCGCCAGACGGGUGAGUCCACACCGUCUGGCCCUACGGCGUAGCCAACCCGGCGUGGCGGCGGGUAGCCCUUCUUCAACCACCACAAAGGAGGAGGCGCCAUCUGCAGCUGAGCCCGAGCCGGAGAAGAAGGAGGUCAAGGAGGAGCAGAACCAGGAGGCACAGAAGGGCACGGAAGAGACGGAAGCGGGGACGACUGCGGCGCCGGGAAACAAGAAACUCAGAGCCCGCUUCUCGCUUCCCCCAAGAAAUGGUAACGCAGGUGGACAAACUACCGCUGCUCCUAGCACAGGUGAAACGGAAGCUGCUGCUGGUCCCGCUAAGGGAUUGAAUCGCUUAAGGAACGCGAGGCUAGGACCAAGUAGGACUAAGACCACCGCAGCGAACCAAGAAGCUUCGGCUGCUGAUGAAACUCCAGCGCAGGUGCGAGCUGCUGAGACAGAAGAAUCGCAGAAGCCAGCAGGGCGUCUAUCGCUGGCUGAGCGCCGGUCGCGAUUUAACAACGCAAGGACACCAAAGUCAGAAACAGAAGAAGGAACAACAAAUGCAGAAACAGAAGAAGAAACGCCAGCGGCUGCACAAGAUGCCACCGCAGCAGAAGAAACUUCAGAUCCCCAGGCAUCACGAAGGAACGCUCGUAGAUUCCCCACCAUAGCAAGACGUAACAGCUGAUCGACCUCCGCAGAAGCAGACGAGAGCAUCAUAUUAUUACAUCAUAAGCGCAUCUUUAGUUCAUCAGCUUACCUUGCUCGACUCUAGGUAUCAUUAAUGUAUACAUGACGCACUUAUCAUCCUUUGCUCGAUUAGAUUUGCACUUAUUUCUAUUAACAUGACGAGACGAGAGGAAAUUUCUCAUCGAAAAAGCAUUCUCGCGAGCGAAUAAAGCCACCGUGUAAUGUAAUUUCAAUAAUAAGCCUUGACGAGCAAUUUAUUCUCCUUGUUAAUGUACAGUAAAAUUAUUUUGCAUGCAUCACGCUCCGAUCGCUUGAGUUCGCUUCCGAGUAAUAUUUGCAAUAAAAAUUACAAACUUU